CGCCUCUGGUAGCGCGCCCAGGGAGCCCGCGUGGCUGUGGCGCGGGGAGGCGCCGCAGCCGGGCUGCCGGGGUACGUCCUGUGGGUGGUCCGAGUUCUGGGCCGUUGGCGUCGAGGUGACAAAUUUGAAACACGCCUGAAGCAGAAGAGCGGCAGCAGAUUCGGGUCAACCUCAUCCCUGGACCCAGAGGCCGAGAAUGCAGCGCAAAGUUGACGAGAUUUGAACCUCGCGGCUUCCCGUCUGGUCCCAGCAUCUUCCAGUUCCCGCGCUUUCUGCUUGACUUGCGUGGGCCAGAGCUCCGCGCAGGCGCACGAGGCAGAGGCUGCGACCAUGGCCACGAACGCGGGCGAGGGCCCCGGUAUUGAGGAAGCCUGCCGGUACAUAGAAUCUAAAGAAGAAUUUGUUAAAGUUAGAAAGAAGGACCUGGAACGGCUGACGACUGAAGUGAUGCAAAUACGGGACUUCUUACCCAGACUACUAAAUGGAGAGUUAAUGGAAAGUUUCCACAAAUUAAAGAUUGUAGAAAAAAACCUGGAAAGCAAAGAACAAGAAUUAGAGCAGCUGAAAUUGGACUGUGAACACUUCAAAGCCCGGCUAGAAACUGCACAGGCAGACAGCGGGAGGGAGAAGAAGGAGAAGUUGGCCCUUCGACAGCAACUGAAUGAGGCGAAACAGCAGCUCCUCCAGCAGGCAGAGUACUGUACACAAAUGGGAGCAGUUACCUGUACCCUUCUCUGGGGAGUCUCUAGCAGUGAGGAAGUCGUCAAAGCCAUUCUGGGAGGAGACAAAGCAUUGAAGUUUUUCACCAUCACUGGUCAGACGAUGGAGAGUUUUGUGAAGUCAUUGGAUGGGGACGUUAGGGAGGUUGAUUCUGAUGAAAAUCAGUUUGUAUUUGCACUGGCUGGAAUUGUAACAAAUGUUGCUGCCAUUGCAUGUGGUCGUGAGUUCUUGGUGAAUUCCAGUCGGGUGCUCUUGGAUACCAUGUUGCAGCUGCUGGGGGACUUAAAGCCUGGCCAGUGCACUAAACUCAAAGUUCUAAUGCUGAUGUCCCUGUACAAUGUGAGCAUCAAUUCAAAAGGCUUGAAAUACAUCAGUGAGAGUCCUGGAUUUAUCCCUUUGCUGCGAUGGCUUUUAAGUGAUCCAGAUGCAGAAGUAUGCCUUCAUGCCUUGCGACUCAUCCAGUCUGUGGUUCUAGAACCAGAGGUCUUCUCCAAGGCAUCCCUGGAGCUCCGGAGCUCCUUACCUCUGCAACGCAUCCUGGCCAUGUCCAAGAGCCGCAACUCCCACCUGCAGAAUGCCGCCCAGGAACUCCUGGAAGACCUCCGUGCCCUGGACUGCAGUGUUUAGGUGUGCUUGACUGCCAGGGCUUGGUGAAAAUGCCAGUGGCCCUUCCCCUUCCCAGGACCUUUACCUUUUGUGUUCACAACUAGAUGUCACUGUAUGUCAUGUGUUAGAGAUUGCAGGUCUUGGCUGACUAGAGAUGGACAUGAUGGGUAAGCAUCCUGCAUUUCUGUCCUGGGAGGCCACGCUUGUUAGGUACUUGGUUAUGGUUAAUCUUGCCAGAGCAAUGACCAAAAAAGGUUUCAUUCUCCAGGACAGUCCCCUCUUAACACCUGGAAACUCUUCCAGAGUUUUCUCAGAGGAGCUUCUUGCUGCCCUAGAGGCUGCCCACACCAAUAGGGCCACUCUAAAGAUGGGAAUUUAGAUCACUAUCUACCAUGUGAUCAGUAUUUUCCAGAAGCAUUUCUGUAAUAGCCAACCUCUUUCUCUAGUAACUAUAGCCCCCACUACACAGGCUUGCUUUUGUAACCUUUAGAUGAACCUAGUAUUUCACAUGACGUUGGACAUUUGAUCUCUGUUUUGGUGCUUCUUUUAUUUCUGAAUAAAGUUGAGUCAAUAUUAACUAUCACAUUGUGAAAUAUAA